AUGCCAGUGGCCAGCCGUUGGCUUCUGCUGUGCAUUGGCGCCCAUGCGCAGGAGAGUGCCGCUGGUUGCAGGUAUUUCCAUGAGACUGCUUGUGCAGCGGAGCCCUUUCGCAGCUUCUUCCAGGAGUGGCGGAAGAAGACAGAAUGUUGGCUUUGCAACAACCAGGAGCUGGUGCUCAGCGCCAAGGAGGUCUUGAAGGACUUCCUCUAUGUGGAACGGCCUGAGAUCCCUUCCUUGGGACAGGACCUGGAACUGCAUGGCACCUGGAAAGAGACGUGCCUGGCGGGCUUCUUGUUGGCGCUGUUUGCGACCACUCGAAGUCAGUCCGUGCAGCCUUGGCGCUUCUAUGAUGUAGGCUUGUCCUUGAUAAAUAGCUGCGCCUUUGACGAGGCCACCUUCUACGCACGCCAUGGGAUCACCACGGCACAGGUGGCCUACAAUUUCUACGUUUUGGGUCUCCCAUAUCAUUUGCCAGAUCCAGUCCUACACCUACAGGCGGCUGAGCUGAGCGAUGGAAUGCAUCGGCAGGAUGCGCCCUUGGUCAUCGACGUAGGCAUGGGUCUUGGAGCUGACUCGCGUUACUACCUCUCCCAAGGCUUCCGAGUCGUGGCGGUGGAGGCCAACCGAAAGGCCAUCGAGGUCGCCAUGACCAUCGAUUGGGUGAAGCCUUUGGUUUUGGAGGGACGGCUGAGCUUCCUUCAUCACCGCCCUGCCGGCAGCCCACUGCCAGCCCACCGCGUCCCCAGCACGACGCGUCCCGCGUACGUCACGUCGACGACGCUGUGGCUCGACGCCAUGGCGCUGUGGCUCGACGCCGAUCCGUCGGGCUUGACCUGGACCGGUCUCGACUGUGACGACGACCUGGCCUUGCUUUGCGCCGUGGCCCUGGAGCGACGAGGGUUGAGCGGUGUGCAGAUCACAGGUCUCUCCAUUUGUGGCGGCAAUGCGCCGUUAAGUCACACCUGGCCCAAUGCCUUGCAGCUGCUGCAGAGCAUCUCCUCUGAUUGGAAGAUCUUCAAAGGUGCCGGCUGGAGACGCAUGCGACCGGCUUGGGCAUCCCUGCGGCUCUUGUCAUCCCUCAUCGUGGAGGACGACGCGGACGACGCAGCAGAGGCCUUGGCAGCUGCGGCGAAGGGCUUUCCGCCAAAGGAGCUGAGUGUUCUGAUGCUGGGGCCCGCCACCAACCUGGCCAUCGCUUUUCGACGCUUCCCAUGGCUCGCGCAGCACCUGAAGCGCGUGGUGCUCAUGGGCGGGGAGCUCACGGGGCGACGACUGGAUUUGAACUUCAUGUCGGACCGCGCCGCGGCGCGCGAGGUGAUCUCGGCCGGGGUGGGAAAUCUCACCUUGGUGCCGAUCCAGACCUGUGCGCAGGUGUCGGUGACGGCGGAGUUUCUGCGCCGCUUGGAGACCUGCCCAGCCUCGGCCGCCCGCGCAGUGCUGCCGAAGAUGUGUCUUGGAUCGCCGCGGGGGGCCGCAGUGCAAAGGGCAAAACGCCGCAGUGCUGAUGACCAGUGGUGGCUGCAGACUUGGCUCAUGCCAAGCUUGGUGAACCGACGUGUACAGCUGGCCCUCAAGGGUUGGCCUGCCAGUAGCAACUUGGAUCGUGGAUUCAUCCCUUGGGACGUGGUGGCCUUGAUGGCCACGUUACGGCCAGACAGUUUCGACCAAUGGGAGAGGCUCCACGUGUCCUUCCCUCCUUGCGAGCUGGAGCCAUGCAAUGGCACCAUGUCCAUCUCCAGUUCCACGGCCGAUGGAGGUCCGGUGUGGGUGCCAAAGGUGCUCCGCAACGAGACCCUCUUCCUGGAAGAGAUGUUGGACAUGCUGUGCUCUGUCCCCAUGAGUGGCCCGAAGCCGACCUUGCAGUGGGGCUUUCUCGUGCAAGCAGUGGCUGCACCUGGCCAGGGCGGCCGACAGCAAACGAUCUUCGCCUUCGACGAGCGUCCGGAGCAGAGCAACGCUCAGCCCUGGGUGGAAGAGCUGGGCGGCAAAGCAGAAUCGGUGCGCACAGUGGAGUGCGCCGAUUUGUUGCGGGUCUUCGGCCAACCCGUCUACAUGAAGAUUGAUGUGGAGUCCAGCACCAUUGAUUGCCUGGACUCUUUGGUUCAUGCAGCAGGCAGCCGAGCCAUCCACCUCCCCAAGUUCAUCUCCAUGGAGUUGGAGGCCGCCUCGCUCUUUGAGCGCUUUUAUGCCAACCUGAAAGGCUUGGGCUAUCUCUACUACAAGGCAUGUCGCCAGUACAUCUAUUCUCCUGCGCCUUGCGAACAGGGCCGCUACAGCCGUGAGGUCCCUGGCUGCGGCAGUGGGCCCUUCGGUACGGCCGCCGUGGACUACCAGGAGGGGCUCAGGUGGAAAGCCAUAGAUCGAUUACCUUCAGACCGACAAUGGGUGGAAGAGUUUGAACGUGGAUUGGAUUGGUUCGACCUGCAUGCGAUGCGUCCAACGUGA